AUGUGUCUUAGGAAAGUUUUUGAAAGCGAUAUCAGGAAAUAUCACAAAGGCGAAAUUAUACGCGCCAACUUCCGGACGAAUCAAAGCGGUAUUGCUGAGGAUGCAAACCAGUGGGUGAAUAAGAAGACUCAUGGAAAGAUUUCCAACCUAAUAAGUAAGGAAGAAAUUUCCCCGGAAACGAAACUGAUGCUGCUCAAUGCACUUUAUUUCAAAGCUACUUGGAGUGAAAGAUUUGACAAGAGCGAGACCAAAGAAAUGCCGUUUCAUUCUGCUCCGCAGAAACAAAUUACAGUACCAAUGAUGUCGCAGUCAUCUUUCUUCUACUUUUUUGAAGACAGCGAAGUGAAAGUGCUUGGAUUGCCUUAUGAGGGCGAAGCCGUGUACAUGGUCAUUCUCCUACCGAAGAAUCAGUUCGGUUUGGCAAACUUCGAGAAAAAUUUGAAUGGCAGAAAAUUACUGGACUACAUAAAAGUGCCGAGAAUGCAACGGAACAUUGAUGUUAAACUCCCUAAGUUCAAGUUGGAAAAGGAAAUGGAUCUGAGUAACGCGUUAAAAAGCAUGGGCAUGGGAACUGCAUUCAGUGGCUCAGCGAAUUUUUGUGGCAUCACUGAACACCAGCCACUUUUUAUCAAUCGCAUCAAGCAUAAGGCCUUCACUGAGGUACAAGAUCCUGUAACAGUGAACGAAGAUGGCACUGAAGCAGCGGCAGCGUCCGCUGUAUACGCGUCCGACUCGGUUCCAAAACACAAAUUUGUUGCCGAUCAUCCGUUCCUCUUCGCAAUUUGCAAACAUCCAGCGAAAAUUUUGUUCCUUGGUCGAUACGCCGGUUAA